AUGACCGGCAUCGUCAUCAGCGCGAGCGUCAGACCGCCGACCGGGGCAGAGCGUGGCAGGCCGAAGGUGUUGAGGAACACCGCCAGCCCCAACAGGCCGAAGAUGAUCGACGGCACCGCCGCCAGAUUGUUGAUCGACACCUCGAUCAGGUCGGUCCAGCGGUUCUGGGCGCAUAUUCUUCCAGAUAGAGAGCCGCCAGCACCCCCGAUCGGGAAAGCGAGCGCGAGCGUGACCAGCAUGGUCAGCAGCGAGCCUUUGGCCGCGCCCCAGAUACCCACGCGUCGGGUCGGUCGCAUCGGCAUCGGUCAGGAAAUUCCAGUUCCAUCCUGUCGACAGUACCCGCUGUUGCCGGAGACGUGCGACCACCCCCUUCCGCAUCGGGGGUGCUUCGCCCCUUGGCGGCGACAUCAUAGGGGCUGGCGACCGGCAGGUGAAGGUGACCGCGGUGGAGGAUCGACGGAUCGCCUUGAUCGCAUCGCGCACGAUCAGCCAUGCGCCGGGCGACAAGAGGUUCGGUGCCGUCGCGACCGAACCGUAUGGUGGCGGCCGUCGCGACCGCAUCCUCCAAGCCGGCACCAGCCGUGGCAAGAUCGGCGCUGCGCCCUUCACCCGCGACGGCUCGAUCGGCAGAUCGGCAUGGGCGAGAUUGACCGGCAGCGUGACCUUCGUCUCGGUAAAGCCGCGAAUGCCCUGCGCGACCAUCGUGAUCAGCAGAAGCGCCAGGAAGGCAGCCGACAGCGCCACCGCCGCCGUGCCCAGAAGGCCGGAAGCGCUUUUCGGCCGCAUAACGCCGGCGCAGUCGCCGCCGCCAUGGCCGGGCUGUCCCAGAGGGUGGGGCGGACGGGCGCAUCGUCCGCAGGGGAGGACGGCCGAUUAUUCAGGUUUCCGGUAACGCUUCACGACCGUCAGCGCGACGAUGCUGAGCAGCAGCGUAAUGAUGAACAGCGUAAGGUCGAGCGCGAAGGCUGCUGUGGUCUUGGGGUUGUCGAACUCCGCUCGCCGGUCAGCAGAUCGACGAUCUGA